AGGUCCUAAACGGCAUCUGCAACGCGAGCAAGGAGGAGGAGAGGCGGCGAAAAGGCUACCACGAACUAUAUAACGGUGUUGUCUGCAAUGACACGAUCCUUGCGACGGGUGUCUUCAGCUCCAAGGAGCUCUGGAUGCUUUCAAAAGCGUCCAUACUGCAUGACCUCAGCGACAUGCAGCCUCAAAUAAACGCGAUCAAAAUAGAGCACCCGCCGUACUACUGCAGCAGCUACACCCCUCCGUCCGCAGCCACGGCCGCGGAUCAUGCUCAGCCAGCGGCUAGCUUCAGCCCGCCGCCGGUGCAUCAGCUCAUAAGGAACGACAAGACUGAAAAGCCCCCGACCGUUUCCGUUUCGAGCGCGCCAACCUUCUCGCCAGUCCUCAGGCCCGAGGACGGCCAUCGUGGAAUGGACUCUCCGCAUUCGCAAACGGGAUUGCACUCACCGCACGAAGGACUAGCCGGUGGUUCCGGUCAGAGUAUGUCCGGGCUCGCCUACUAUCAGCCGGAGCACCCUGCCUCCGCGGGGGUGGUCAAAUACCCCGAGAACGGUCACGACACCCUCUCGGAUUUCGUGACGUUCGUCUGCCAGGAGGCCGAGAAUACUCAGCAACUGCCCCAGGUAGCUUCCGGAUCCUUCGAAGCCGCCCCGUUGUCGACGUAUCGCCAAACGGAAUCUUCUUCGACUUCCGCGGACUGCUGUUCGCUAAUUUAUGUUCUCGUUCGCGCUGGACGAGUUGCAGCGUUGCAUAAACGAGGUCGUGUAAUAUUCCGAAAAGUUCUCGAAGAAUGUUUUCGUGGAUCGCGAACGAAAGCAACGGGGCGGUUGCGUGCGACCUGCAUCGUCAUCCGUGUUCCAGUCGCCCUGGAUUUUUCGAGUUCGGUUCGUUUGAGAAGUGACCGUUGAUCGGAACUCAAGAUCAUUGGCGUAUACGUAAUUGAAUUUCUCCUGAGCAAUUGCUUCCAUUAGAAAUUAUUCAAAAAAUUCGUACAUCGACUCCUCGUUUGCGGUACGAUACAAUUCGUUUCGAUCCGUUGGUUACGUUUGUCGACCGACUUUAUCUUCGAGUUUACCUUCUUGCGAAGCGCGGAAUGGCUGCUAGAACAUGGGGAAAAAAUAAAAGAUUGCCUCCG